AGCACAUGUCCGUCUGUCCAGCAGCAAUGGCUGCAGACCAAAGCUGCGGAGCCGCUGCGAUCCAAAUACCUGGGCUCAGCGCUGGGCCUAGGCACGCUGGGGAACAUGGUCGGCCCCCCGGCGGUGGGCGUCAUCUUUGACCUCGCCAAAAGCUACAACAUCCCAGCACCGCAGGCGCUCGCGCUGGUCCAUCCGGUGCUGCUGCUGGCGCUGGUGCUACAUCUGCUCCAUUCAGUGGAGGCUCAGCCGAAGGAGCCGUUGCUCAAGCAGGAGCAGAGCCCCUGGAAAGCCUUCGCGGUGCUUUCCAUGGGCCGAGAGGCCUUGGUGCUGUCGCUGGAACUCGUCUGCACCUUCGCCGCGCACAACGCCUUCACCGCCGCCGGCGCCUUGGAGAUGCACCGCGCUAGCUACUCCUCCGGCGCCAUCGGGCUCACAGCGGUGCCCGCGGGCCUGGCCCAGGCGCUCUCGGCGUGGUGGGCCGGGGCCUUCGCCCACAGCUCCCUGCGCCGGGAGCGGCUGCUGCUGGGCACCCCCUUUUUGUUGGGCGCGCUGCUGCUGGCGGUGUCGUUGCUGGUUCUCCGGGACAGCGCAUGGCCGGUGGUGCCAGUGGUGGUGUUCACCUUGGCGACCACCAGCGCGGCCAACGGUGCGGUGGACGCCCCCUCCAUGUCCAUGAUGGCGGACUUGGCGCGCGCACGGUGCCUGGGCUUUGGCCAGGCGGUGACCUGCUCCGAGAUGGCGGUGUCGCUGGGCCUGGCGCUGGGCCCCUCCGUGGCCACGGCGCUGCUGAAGGCGCCCGGGGGCUUCGGAGCGCUGUGCCUGGUGCUGGGCGUCUGGUCGCUGCUCUCCGGGGCCGCCAGCGGCGUUCAGCUGCGAAACGUGCCCCACGGGGAGGAUGGCGCAGCCACGUGAC